CGUAAAAUUCAGCAUUACAAAACUCGGGUCGGUUGUGGAGAGGGGGCACUGCGACUUCAGCAACUUCUGCACCGACACUGUGGGUUUUCCAGUUCUCCGGAGAAACUCGGACACUAUGGUUCUGCUUCUAAUGGGUCAGGAUCUGAAGAAAGUUCUGGGCGCACUUUUCUUCUGCCUUUAACUGUAGGAUUUUCUCAUGCAAACUUUGGCAAUGGUUUGUUUUUGUGCAUAAAGGCGGUUUGGGAAGCAGAGAAGAUGAAUGUGACUUAACUUUGCGCCUUUGGAGCCAGACAUUCAGAACUUAUUUUACCAUCUACAUGUCCAUGAAGAGUCCGUAACUCGGACUGACCACACACACUCACUCACUCACACAGUCAAACUCACGUCGGCUGCUGGAGCCCGCAGAAGCCCGGCGGCUCCUGGGAUGAUGGAGCGCCUGCUGAGCUGCCUGAUGCUCGGAUAUCUGACCUGGAAUCUGCGCAUAUCGGACGCACAGGGGGAAUACUGCCACGGUUGGCUGGACAUCAAUGGGAAUUACCACGAUGGUUUCCAGUGUCCGGAGGACUUUGACACCGCGGACGCCACAGUGUGCUGCGGCUCCUGCGCCCUGCGUUACUGCUGCGCGGCCGUGGACGCGCGUCUGGAUCAGGGAAGCUGCACCAACGACCGGGAGGUGGAGAACACAGAGUUUGCUGCCCAACCCAUCUACGUGCCCUUCCUGAUGGUGGGAAGCAUAUUUGUGGCCUUCGUGGUGGUGGGUUCACUGGUGGCAGUUUACUGCUGCACCUGCCUGAGACCCAAACAGCCAACGCAGCAGCCUAUCAGAUUCUCUCUGCGCAGCUGCCAGGGAGAGACUAUUCCCAUGAUCCUCACCACGGCUCCUCCCAGCCUCCGGGCUCCGUCACGGCAGUCCAGCACCGCGACAACGAGUUCCAGCUCGGCCGGCGGCGGCAGCUCCAUGAGGAGGUUUUCUCUGGGAGGACAGCAGCAGCAUCAACAUCUGCAUCAGCAUCAUCAUCAUCAGCAGCAGCAUAGCUGUUUGGUGUCUUCUGCAGCCACCGUCUCCUCCUCCUCAGCCUCCACGCCGACACUCACUGCUCAGACUCUUCUUCCACCUCCUCCUCCUCCGCCCUACACAUCUCCUCCACCUGCCACCAUAUCAGCAGGUUUGCAGCACCAGCUGCCCUCCACCCACACCCAGCUGCAGCUCCACCAACCUUCUCAGGGCUCCAGCUUCCUGCUGCCGCAGCAGUUCUUUUUCCCCCUACAGCCCGAUGCAUUCACAUCGGCCAAGAGCUUUGCUGACUUCGGACAGAGCUGACAUCUCCCAGGAGGAGGAAGUCGAGGGAUUUAAAGGAUCUUUGGAUGGAGAAAGGGGGAACUGGUGCUUCAGCACAGCUGGUGGAGUUUGUUCUGGAAAGAGAAACUGGCUCAGGCUGACAGACAGCUCAACGACGCAGCAGCAUAAGCGAUGAAGAAGUGGUUAAACAUGUGGUGUUUCCUGAUCAGGACUCAUCAAUAGAACCAUCAGUGACACCACCCAGGUUAAGGAAACUUGUGCACUUUUAUAUCCUAAUGUAAACAGAACUCUGUGGUCAAUUUUUUUAUUAUUAUUUUUUUUAAACAUAUCAGAAAUCUGAACACUUGCCAGUUCAUCACAUUUCUUUUCUUCUGUCCAACACAAACACAGGAACCCCGUCACUGAGACUUUUAGGAAAUAGGCUGCAGUAAAUGCAUGGAUCAUAUAUAAGGAAUGGACUUAACCUCUGGGUAAAACAUGUUCCUAUUUUAAAUGUUGGAACCAGAUAUUUUGGGCAUUUGAAACCUUAGUUUAAAAACCCAUUUCGAGCCACAACGGUCUGUCAUAGAUUUUCAAAAUGAACUAUUCUUUUUGAGUUGCUGGUCAGGAGGGUUUUAAAGCAGGCACAGAGGCAUUAAGACCGAAGGAGAGCAGCAGACUCUUUUUGUAAUUUGCGUUAUUUAACAACACAGCGUGUAAAUCUCAGGGCUUCACUGAAAGACAAUAAACACCGUAAUCCAUUAUUUUCCUUUAACAAAUUUAUGCCACGUAAAAAUGCUAACUGAUACUUAUCCCAGAUGGAUUUACAUUCAAGUUGUAUUCAUCUCCUGGUGGUUUACUGUUACUACAGGUCGACGUUUUCAGCUUGACUUCAAAUCGCAGAAUAUAUGGUUUGUCUUUUUUUUUUUUUUUUUUUUGACAAUCUCGAAUCUGAUUCUCAACUGUUGUUUUCAUUUCGGGGAAAAAAUAUGGACUUUCUUUUCUAUAAUGUGGUUCGGUUUAUACUGUAUGUACAGGGAAUAAAACGUUGUCUCCCACUUUAAUCUCGUGCACUCAUAAAUCUGAACAGAAGUCAGCGUGCUGUCAAUUUUAACAUUUCCAACAUGUGUCCAGAAGACGCUCAUACUCAACUCUUCUACGUAGAGGAAACCAGAGCGCCGCAGCUUGCUACCUGUCGCUCAAUUCCAGCGCCAGACUUCACAGCCGGAAUGCAAGCGCUCAGAUCCGUCAUUGUCAGUGUUCAAUGAGCAUGGUGUGGUCACAAUGUCAAAAACAACAACAGAGAGGGAUUCAGUGUUGUGGUUAUCGGUGUGUGAAACAGACGCUGGCACUCAAAUCUGGGUCGAAUAAAACUCGCAAACUGUCAAGUCUAAAGAAGUUUCCUGCCUGAUUAGAACCUCUGAAGAACAAUGCCUUCAUUUUUUGAUGCCUUCCUUUUUCAAUCUGUUCUGACGCCUUUCGUGAUAAGAGCUGAAACCAUUCAAUCUGCUGCCAGGAAAAUCUAGUGUCCAGGAAAAGACACUAGAUUAAAUGACAGACUGAAGAAUAGUCAAGUAGCUGAACAGAUUCUUAUAAAGUCAGUCCUGAGUCCAUCAGAGGAAUUGACUUCAAGUUAAUCCAGGGAAAAUGCAGUACAGUUCCUUCAGCUCACCCUUUAAAGUCAACUUGAUUUUCUCUAAUUUGACAAAGUGAUCAUCUAAACAGAUGUUGUUGACACAUUCACAGCUACCACUUUAACAC